AUGGUAUACAAGUCUUUUACGUGGCCGGUCCAUGCCGAAAAUUUGGGCAGAUUGGAUGAUGAACUUGUGGCCCUUGAACUACAGCUCGAGGAAAUCGAUUCUUAUGGCAGGGAGCGCAAGGGCAAAUGCCCAUCAAAUAAUCUUCCGGACAGUGAAUUAGCCUAUGUAGCGUUCCAAGCUGAAAUUGAAGGCUGCAUCGACUCUCUAAGUGACUUGAAGAUUGCUCAUAGCAUCGCUCAUGCUGUGGAUACAGAUGGCCAGGCAAUUACUGACGUCUUACGGGAUGAAGCCCAGGCCCAGCAGGAUAGACGCCUAGCUAUGACAAUGGUUGGUGCUAUAUCAGGAAACGAAGCCCCUCCGCCGUAUGUCCGGGAAGAGUGCACACGAUUAAUUGCAUGUGUCCCUGAUGAAGGUAGUGAUCUGGACCGCGAUAGCGACGAAUGCAGCGCUGUUUGUUCAUGCGAGCUACCAAAGACCAGACUCUAUUUCCUCCAAGAUGUUGUCGCCAAGGCAUCCCUCUGCCUCUUAUUUCAGCGGAGUUGUCAGCAGAGGAGACAGGCAUUUCACGACGCCGAGAUCGAGUUUUCUACGAUUGAUAGGACUUACUGUAGCAAUGUUGACUGCGGGAAAUUUCUCUCUCCUGACCAAAUCAAAGCUGGCAGGGCCGAGUGCGAUCGCUGCGGUUCCGCAACUUGUUCUAUGUGCAAGAAUCAGUUCCAUCCUGAUGACUGCGCCGCAGACCCUCUUCUGCAAGCAGCUCUAGCCCUGGCGACAAGCAAAGGCUGGCAGCGUGUUACGGACCACCUACGGCACAACUCAGGCAACCACAUUCAUUGGACCAACACAGAGCAGACAGGAAACUUGGGACGAGCAGAUCACGUGAUCAUGCGGAAUCCAAGUUGCCAAGGCGCUAGGGAAUCCAACGAUGGACUUGAGGUUCAAGACCAACGAUGGAUUCACGAGGAAACAGGUGAUAUGGAUUUAGAUUAA